CGCUCCUCCUCUCUCUGUCAGGCUGUCACCGUCCCCACCGCCGUCGUCCUCGUCACCACACCUCACCACACCCGUUGCUCCCACUCCUCCCCUCUGCUUCCAGAACCACCUCCUCGCCACCAUUGCUGCUGCUCACUAUAAGACUCUUCACUCCCGCUGCGACACAAGCACCGCACCAUCUCAGCUCAGCUCAGCAAGUAGCUUCUUCUAGCUCUAGCUAACCAAGCUCGGUUGCUGCAAGAAGCUAAUAGUAGCCGGCGCGCGACAUGGAGGGGAAGGAGGAGGACGUGCGCCUGGGCGCCAACAAGUACUCGGAGCGCCAGCCCAUCGGCACGGCGGCGCAGGGCACCGACGACAAGGACUACAAGGAGCCCCCGCCGGCGCCGCUCUUCGAGCCCGGUGAGCUCAAGUCGUGGUCCUUCUACCGCGCGGGCAUCGCCGAGUUCGUCGCCACCUUCCUCUUCCUCUACAUCUCCAUCCUCACCGUCAUGGGCGUCUCCAAGUCCACCUCAAAGUGCGCCACCGUCGGCAUCCAGGGCAUCGCCUGGUCCUUUGGCGGCAUGAUCUUCGCCCUCGUCUACUGCACCGCCGGCAUCUCCGGCGGGCACAUCAACCCGGCGGUGACCUUCGGGCUGUUCCUGGCGAGGAAGCUGUCGCUCACCAGGGCGGUCUUCUACAUCAUCAUGCAGUGCCUGGGCGCCAUCUGCGGCGCGGGCGUCGUCAAGGGGUUCCAGCAGGGGCUGUACAUGGGCAACGGCGGCGGCGCCAACGUCGUCGCGCCAGGCUACACCAAGGGCGACGGCCUCGGCGCUGAGAUCGUCGGCACCUUCGUCCUCGUCUACACCGUCUUCUCCGCCACCGACGCCAAGAGGAACGCCAGGGACUCCCAUGUGCCGAUCCUUGCUCCGCUCCCAAUCGGGUUCGCGGUGUUCCUGGUCCACCUGGCCACCAUCCCCAUCACCGGCACCGGCAUCAACCCGGCGCGGAGCCUUGGCGCCGCCGUCGUUUACAACCAGAACCAUGCCUGGUCUGACCACUGGAUCUUCUGGGUCGGCCCCUUCAUCGGCGCUGCCCUGGCUGCCAUCUACCACCAGGUGAUCAUCAGGGCCAUCCCGUUCAAGAGCAGGUCUUAAGUAAACCUCCUGUUGCUUUCAGAUGCCGCCGAUGGAAUUACUCGUAUUCGUGGUUGUUUCCAAUGCCUACAAUGUUACGUGGAGUUCCUCCGUUCCUCUUUCAAGUUCGCUCUGCUUUUAUCUGAACUCCAGACUUGUAUAAUUUCAGUACCCAAUUGUGUAAUAUGCCACCGCUGUUAUGUGAAAUGAAAACAAAAAAAAAAAGUCUUUGAAGUGAUGAUGA